AAACCCUAGUUUUAGCUGAUGGCUUAGAGAGAGUUUGUAGCAGUACUAUUUAAGCUCUCAUCUCCCUCGUUAGUCCAUCUCUUUGCUUGCUCUCUGCGGUGUCCUCUGAGAGAGCGCUUCUACCGGAUCGAUCUCAACGUCCAAAUCUAAUUCACAAUGGGUAAGGAGAAGGUGCACAUUAACAUUGUGGUCAUUGGCCAUGUUGACUCUGGAAAGUCAACCACCACUGGUCAUUUGAUUUACAAGCUCGGAGGUAUUGACAAGCGUGUAAUUGAGAGGUUUGAGAAGGAAGCUGCUGAAAUGAACAAACGUUCAUUCAAGUAUGCCUGGGUUUUGGACAAGCUAAAGGCUGAGCGGGAACGUGGUAUUACCAUUGAUAUUGCUCUUUGGAAGUUUGAGACAACCAAAUACUACUGCACUGUCAUUGAUGCACCUGGGCAUCGUGACUUUAUCAAGAAUAUGAUCACUGGUACCUCGCAGGCUGAUUGCGCAGUCCUAAUCAUUGACUCUACCACUGGUGGUUUUGAAGCUGGAAUUUCUAAGGAUGGACAGACACGUGAGCAUGCUUUGCUUGCUUUCACCCUUGGUGUCAAGCAAAUGAUCUGCUGCUGCAACAAGAUGGAUGCCACAACCCCGAAGUACUCAAAGGCAAGGUAUGAUGAAAUUGUGAAGGAAGUGUCGUCCUAUCUCAAGAAGGUGGGUUAUAAUCCUGACAAGAUCCCCUUUGUUCCUAUCUCUGGGUUCGAGGGUGACAACAUGAUUGAGAGGUCAACCAACCUCGACUGGUACAAGGGUCCAACCCUCCUUGACGCCUUGGACAUGAUUAGUGAGCCAAAGAGACCCACAGACAAGCCUUUGCGUCUUCCACUUCAGGAUGUCUACAAGAUUGGUGGCAUUGGCACUGUUCCUGUGGGCCGUGUUGAAACUGGUGUACUCAAACCCGGUAUGGUUGUCACUUUUGGUCCAAGUGGCCUCACCACUGAAGUUAAGUCUGUAGAGAUGCACCAUGAGGCCCUUCAGGAGGCCCUACCUGGAGACAAUGUUGGUUUCAAUGUGAAAAAUGUUGCUGUCAAGGAUCUCAAGCGAGGGUAUGUUGCAUCAAAUUCUAAGGACGAUCCAGCAAAGGGAGCUGCCAGCUUCACCUCCCAAGUCAUUAUUAUGAACCAUCCCGGACAAAUUGGAAAUGGCUAUGCCCCAGUUCUUGACUGCCACACCUCCCACAUUGCAGUUAAAUUUGCUGAGCUUCUGACCAAGAUUGACAGGAGGUCUGGCAAGGAGCUUGAGAAGGAGCCUAAGUUCCUGAAGAAUGGUGAUGCGGGAAUGGUCAAGAUGAUUCCGACCAAGCCCAUGGUGGUUGAAACUUUCUCUGAGUACCCACCACUUGGCCGCUUUGCUGUGAGGGACAUGCGACAAACCGUGGCUGUUGGUGUCAUCAAGAGCGUGGACAAGAAAGAUCCAUCUGGUGCCAAGGUCACCAAAUCUGCUGCCAAGAAAAAAUAAAUGGUUUGUUUUAGGGAUUUGAUUUUGAGUAUAGAGUUUACUGUUUUUGUUAGUUAUGAUAAAAGUGAGUUUUGAUGGCUCUCUUGACGACCUCUAUUGCCUCUGCUCUUGAGCCUCAUUUGUUGGUGUUGAACAUUCAGAUGCAGACCACGGUUCAAUUUUUGGUAAUUGAGUGUUUUAGUUUCAUUC